AUGGCCUCGAAGCUUCUUCCCAGAGCCAGCCGGUGGCUGCGCCCGACCUCAAUUCCUCAAUACAGAUCCUUCUCCGCCGCUCCUCAACGGCUGAGCGAUGCGCUCAUGGUGCUCGCAAUUGCCCGGUUUCGAUGCGCUUUGAGUAUCAGUGUCUAUAGGCGAGAGGCAGAGCAUCAAGAGCUGACUUUCCUCCACUCCUUUCAGCACCGCAACAAGCCCGAGAACAACCCGUCCGUGCCGUUCAAGUUCUCCGAGCAGAACCUCAAGGUCGUCGAUGAGAUCCUGAAGCGCUACCCUCCCCAGUACAAGAAGGCCGCCGUCAUGCCUUUGCUGGAUCUCGGUCAGCGCCAGCACGGCUUCACCAGCAUCAGUGUCAUGAACGAGGUCGCUCGCAUGCUGGAGAUGCCCCCCAUGCGCGUUUACGAAGUCGCCACUUUCUACACAAUGUACAACCGUGAGCCUGUCGGCAAGUACUUUGUGCAAAUUUGCACCACUACCCCAUGCCAGCUAGGUGGCUGCGGCUCUGACGCCAUUGUUAAGGCCAUCAACGAGCACCUGGGCAUUACCCCCGGUCACACCACCGAGGACGGUAUUUUUACUUACGUGGAGGUUGAGUGCCUUGGCGCUUGUGUCAACGCUCCCAUGGUCCAGAUCAACGACGAGUACUACGAGGAUUUGACCCCCGAGUCAAUCAAGUCCCUGCUUACAGCCCUGAAGGAGUCGGCUACUACCGGAGCCAAGGAGCCCGCGCCUGGCCCCAAGAGCGGCCGCAAAACCUGCGAGAACAGCGCUGGCCUCACCAGCCUCCACGAGGUGCCCGAAUGGACUCCCGAGCAGUUCAUGCGCAAGGACGGUGUCUUCGACGGCGAGGCGAAGCAAUAA